AAACAUACAUAUUGUUUUAAUUCUUCACUAUUUCCUAGAAGUGAAUAUGUGAACCAUAACAUGUGUCACAAUUAGGAACUAUUGUGCACCGAGAUCAAUGAUCUCUCACCCGGAAGUGAUCUGUGUAAUAAGAUGUAACCAUUGUCAUUGAUGUACAGCCCAUCCUAUUUUCUUUUGUCGAAAUUCUACUAUCUAGAAUCAUAUUUACAUGGUUUUUAACUGUUAUAUUCCAUGUAUUUUCCGGAUUAUUUGGAGCCAUAUAGCUAACAGAUCAUUUUACAGAUCCUGACAGCGGUGCAUGCACCAAUGUCAUAGAAAAUACAUGGUGGUGUGUGAAACGUAGACUGCCAUCCAGUCACACCAGAAGAGGUAACUACGAUCUGCACUUGUGUGAAUACAUGUACAGGACAAUAAGAAAUGAGGAUGGAAUAUAUGAGGCCUUUUUAAAGGAUUGUGCUCAGCUGUAUCACGCUUGAGUGUGUAGCACCUGGGGCAAUGGUUAAAAAUGUUACAUAUCUGCUUGUCAGCGCUUUGACUGUUGUUUUCGUGUUUAUUGCACCUGUGGCUUCAGAAAUUCACAACAAUGAGCCCCUUGCCAGGAAUUUGACAUACAAGUCAGAUUCUCUGAAUAAGGAAUAUUAUUGUUACUACUGUACCAGGGAGUAUUAUGAAGACCAGAAUUAUAUUCAGAGAGAGUGCUAUGAGAAGAAUAAAGGUGACGAGAGACAGGAAGUAAGAAACAAAGAAGUCUUCAAGCCAUGGUGCAGGGAGGCAGAUGGGAUCGGCUUUGUGAAAAUCUGUCCCAUUCCAUCUGUGGCCAAUGGAAAUAUUCACUGCCCGACAAGCAACAAAGUGUAUGAAACAUGUAACGUCAACUGUUCUGAAGGCUACACUCCAGUGACAGAACAUCUAACCUGUCUAGAAAGUGGCAAGUUUGAUGGAGUCGCCCAGUGUCGGAGAGAUGUCUGUGCCAUUCCACCUGUGGCCAAUGGAAAUAUUCACUGCCCGACAAGCAACAAAGUGGAUAAAACAUGUAAUGUCAUCUGUUCUGAAGGCUACACUCCAGUGACAGAACAUCUAACCUGUCUAGAAAGUGGCAAGUUUGAUGGAGUCGCCCAGUGUCGGAGAGAUGCAGCAGCAGCAGAAGCAAGUUCCCCAAAGAAUGACUGGAAGUGGAUCGUCGGUGUCAGUGUCGGUGUUGGUGUUAUUGUCAUAGGAGUAAUAGUUGCUGUUUGUUUCUUUGUCAAGAAGCGAAGAAAUAAGAGCCCUGUUUCUUCUGGUUCUAAUAGUCAAAGGACAUCAACGUCGUCAUCUUCUGAAAUGGAACGCUUUCUAAUCUAUGAAAGUCAGAAAAACGAUAGAAAAGUGAACAAGAAGCCCGAACAGAAAAAGACCCACUCGAUCACGGAGCGUGACGAACCUCGUGUUGGCUUUGCUGAGCUGACUAGCAGUCAGAGAACACCAGCAGAGUCAGCUGAAAGACAGCCGCUGUCAUAUCACACUGAGUGCCCAGAGACUGCACCACCAUCCUACAGAACCAGAGAUUUUCCACCACUCAGUCUGGACAGUGGACAGAUCCAUAAAGAACCUAACAACUUGGGACCAUCACCUCUCACUGAAGAUGAUCCAGAUGCCACCGAGCGAAAAAGAGUCGUCGAGGUGCAUCCAUCAAGAUAUCGUGAAUAUGGAGAAGGAAGAUUACGUUCUGAACCAUCUAUCACUGGGGAGCAGCAAGCUAUAACAGUUGAAGUGGACUAUAGUAAUGCACACUCAUGUACUCAACUUGUGGAGGUGCUGAAGGAAUGUCGACAGAAUAAAGACAUCCAUGAUCAAAUAAUGCAUAAAAUUGAUGUGCCAAGAGAAGACAAUGAUGAUAAAAGUGUUGAAGGACUUGCCCAUGCCAUUACCGACAAAUCAUAUGAUGAAAUAAAGUGGACUUGUUCUAUGAACAAUUCCAUGAGAAAUACUCCUUUUACAAAAUUCCUGGUAAUCUUUAUUGAAGAAGGCAAGAAACUUGGACAUUUUGUGCAGUAUUUUUCACAGCCUAAAAGUAAAAGGAAGGAUGUGCUGGAACUAAUAUAUCAAAUUCAUAAAAAUUGUCAAUUUUGUCAUUAUUAUUAUGAAUUGUCAGGGAUUUGUUCUGCAGACUCAAGCUAUCCAACUAUAUGUAAUUAAUUAGUCAAGCUUGAUGGCCAGUGAAACAAAAAACAAACACUACAAUUGUGUUAAAAACAAUAGAAGUAAAUCUACAAACCAUUUCUUUUUAUUUGCUUUAAAGUACAUUUAUGUCAUACAUAUUUGUCUCCCAGUAAUCUCUGGCCCCUCUGUGACAAUAUGUCGAACCUGUCUUAAUUGGCCAUCCAAAAGAGUAGUCAAAAGUGGCUGCUUAAGACAGGUGGGUUGCUGGUGAAUAGAGGUUAUUAUUGUUAGUCGUGUAAAGUGUUGCUGUUUACUGUAUAUACUGUUUAUCCGUCCCACAUAAUAUAUAUGUUUUUUAAUAAUGCCUUAAGCUACGCUGCCUAUGAACUCUUUAUUAUAAUGGACAUGUUUGUUCCGUGCUUGUAUUACAGAUUUGCCGGUAUAAUGAUCUCAUGGAGGGUUUUCUGCUAUUGCUUGCAUACUUAGUUUUACCAAUUAAUAAUACUAUAAUAUGUAAUAAAUUACUACCAGUAACAUAGAAACAUUAAAAAAAUUAUUAUUAUUUUUAUUAAAAUAAAAGUUUAUUGACCCUAGAAAACAAAGAUAGUAGUGCCAGAGUUAGGACCCUGAUAUCACUACCUUACAAUCAUUUAAUAGGUUAAACAUUGUAUAUAACCAACCAGUGCAAGAUUUAUAAGGGGGCAAUUGCCCCGGGGCCCCCCUGCCAGAGGGCUCCCCCCAGACCAAGGACUUUAUAUAAAAAAAUGUAAUAAUUAUAAUGUAAUCAUUUUUUUAUUUGUCAUGUAAUUUAAUUUCUGUGUUUAGGGGCCCCCUCGAACCUGAAGUUCCCACAGGCCCCCCCAAGGUCUAAAUCCGGCCCUGUAACCAACUGAUAUAAUCUUUAGGCACACUGGUCCAUUUGGUCAUUCCAGUCAGUGAACCAUAACUGAUAUAAUCUUUAGGCACACUGGUCCAUUUGGUCAUUCCAGUCAGUGAACCAUAACUGAUAUAAUCUUUAGGCACACUGGUCCAUUUGGUCAUUCCAGUCAGUGAACCAUAACUGAUAUAAUCUUUAGGCACACUGGUCCAUUUGGUCAUUCCAGUCAGUGAACCAUGUAACCAACUGAUAUAAUCUUUAGGCACACUGGUCCAUUUGGUCAUUCCAGUCAGUGAACCAUAACUGAUAUACCAAAGGCUGUGUUAUGUGCUAUCCUGUCUGGAAUUGUGCAUAUAUAAAAGAUCCUUUGCUACCAAUGGAAAAGUUUAGUAGGUUUCCUCUCUAUGACUAUAUUUCAAAGUUACCAAAUGUUUGACCUCCAAUAGCCUGUCAUGUAGUAUUCUCUAUGAAAUUGUAUUAAACUGAAAGUCAUGUAGUAUUCUCUAUGAAAUGGUAUUAAAUUGAAAGUCAUGUAGUAUUCUCUAUGAAAUGGUAUUAAACUGAAAGUCAUGUUGUAUUCUCUAUGAAAUGAUACUCUAGUUGUGUCAUUACACUUUUAACUUUUUUUGUCAUGACAUUGGUUAAAAAUAUGAUAUGUCAAGUAAUUCUUGUGCCAAUACAUCUGAAGCAUUUUUCGCAUUAAUGUCUUGCUCACAUUAAUUUUGCAUAUACAUGUAGCUUUAUUGUUUUCUGUAAAAGAUCAAGUCUGACUUUCGUUGCGAUUUAACUAUUUUUGACAGAUUUAUGACCCUUGAACUUAGGAAAUAUGAACAUUUGUUUUUGUAGUGGUGUCGUUAAAGAAAACAGACCUUUUUGAGUCCAUUUUGCUUUAUUGUGCAAAAUAUGACAUUUGCUAUUAGGUUUUUCUUAUUGUGCUAACAUAUUUAGCAAUGUCAUCUUGUAUAUGUACUUGUGUGUUUUGGGUGACUCUUUAAAGUUUCUUAUAUGUGUCUUUUCCACCAAUUGAAAUUUGCAUAUGGUUGUCUUUUUGGUGGAGGCUGUGACAUGUUUUGUACAUAAUUUGUAAGUGAAUGAAAAAUAUUGACUAUAACCAAUAAUAUUUUUUAAUAAACGCACAAUGACAUGAAUUUUUCAAAUCGGUCAAAAUAAUGCAAGAUGUUUUUAUUGCACCUCUACGCAAAAACAAUAGCAUGUUUGAAGAAUACAGCAGUUGGUCACUGGCAUACUUAAUCAAUGAUGUAAGCCAGUCAUUAACUUUACUUCAAAAUGCCUCAGAAAUAUGAUAAAAGUUACAGCUAUUUGUUGAAAGAUUUGUGCCAGUUUACAUCAGUAUACUGGUACUGAUGUUGGGUUAGCUCUGGGUUUGCAAAACAUCUCAAAAUAUGCAAAAUCGACAAAUAUCACAAAUUUUUCCAACAAAUAAUUAUUACAUGCAAUUUUUCUCACAAAAAAAAAUAAUAGAUGCAAAUUGUUCCUAAAAUUUGCAGUAGGUGAAUUUGGUAAGUGACAGAGCUAUCCCUGCUGAUGACAUAAUAUAAGUUUAGACACCAUUGUAAAGAUCAAACAAUACAUGAAAUGGACAUGAUUGUUACUGGAACUGAAUAUUCAGUGAUAAUAAUCAGUUAACACUGAAACAUGCUGGUACCCAAUUUAUUCCAUUGUAUUGAAUACCGGUAUAAUGAGAGUUGACUAUAUAUGUAUAAUCAAAUCAUUCCUUAUGAUAUUUGUACAUAAUUGUUUCGUUUUGACAACGUGAAUUUGUGUUCAGAGAAUGCAGAAGAUCACUGCUGGCUGGUUGAUCGGUGUUGUUCGUCUGUGUCCUAUGAAGGUCAAUGUCCUAUGAAGAUAGUUCUCCAGCAACCACUGUGAAAUGAUCUCAAUCAUUUAUACAAGUAUAUUUAUGUACCUCAUGUAUAUAUAUUUUAGAAGUAUGUCUGUAACCUCUUUUAACUGCUCUAUGAAAUCCUUGGAUAUUUUUAUUAAUGAAUGGUUAAAUUUAUCGAAUAAAUUUUUUAGGAAUUGUAUUUGUAUUGUAUUGAUAUAGACUGCAAUUUUAUUUCUUUUUAAUCUGUACAAGGGUUCACAAUUUGCUAAGAAAAGUAUAUACAUGUAAUAUUUUGAAGUUCUUGAAGAAUUUUUUUCUGAAAUGUAUUGAUGUCAUUACAGGUGGGUAGAAAAUCCAGUUGCAAAACAUACUGUACACAUAUUCUAAAUUUGUUUGCAAAUAUUGAAUUUAUUAAAUAUGAUUCAAGUUUUAUUAUAUAUAAUUACCAAAAAUAUACACAAAAUUGAAAAGGUGAAUAUUUUUAUUGAUGCACAUAGUAUUUUUUUGUAACUAUGGGUUUUACAGCAUAUUUUAUUUAUUUAUCCUGCAAUCACUAUAUGUAUUGUCAAGAUAUAUGAUGACUAAAUAAAUUUCUGGAACUACUUAUACACUAGUUAUGAUCAGCAAACAAAUGUUAUAUUGUUCAAAGUUAUUUAUUUGUGUAUUUUCAGUUGAUUAUUUGGAUUUUUAAAACCGUUUUGCAUACAAUUUUUAAUUUAAAAAUUAGAAACAAAUUGUAGUUAUUUAAUAACUAUUUUGUUUGGUGUAUGAAUAUCAUAAUUGACUUGGUAUGUGUGGACAUACCACUGGAAAUGGUAAAGUUAUGAAACAAAAUGGUUAAUGUCAUUAAUUUUUAGUUUAUGUGGAUAGAGAAUAACUGGAUACUGUCUUAAGAUAUCAGGUCUAUCCUUCGAAGGUUAGAAUGGCGACAGCAUUGGCCAUUGGACCUGAGAAGGACACUAGUAAUCAGUUAUUUCUCUAUGUAAAUGUAUAUCCCUAUAACCAAGAGUUAAUUUUAACUGUUAAAACACUUCAAAGUCUAUUAACAUCUGUCAGCAUUUCCUUUUUAACUUCUGAGCCGUUUAAUAUAAAGGUCUCCUUUUUCUACCAUCUGGAGUGUACAGUUUAUUGUAGAUAAUUUAAAAUGUUUAACCAUGAUUCAAACUUAUGUAAUUUAGUACUUAUCCCUAGGCCCUGUGAUACAUGUAUAUAUAGCUCUGGGUUUCUAUGAUCUUCAGACAUUUUAAAAUUAUUUGCAAUAAACAGUGUUCUGGAUGAAACAAAAGGUAUUCCUUAUGUGAAAUGGUCCUUCAUACAAUUAUUUGCAAUAAACAGUGUUCUGGAUGAGACAAAAAGGUAUUCCUUAUGUGAAAUGGUCCUUCAUACAAUUUUUGCAUCGUCUGUUUUUUCAUUAGUCAUCUGAUGAAAUACAUUUUGUUUAAUUUUGAACAUUUUCAUAUUUUAAUAAAAGCUUACAAGAUGUG